CCGGCGGACGUCGGCGCAACACCGACCCCAUCUCGGCGCAGUUGCCUAUUAUGCGAGCGACGGGAUGACUACGAAUCAACUCUGCCUGGUGUUUGUGCUGCUGUGCCUCACGGCGCCAGCGUGGUCUUACCCAAUCCUGACCGGCGUGGACCCAGGCUACGAAGCCGAGCAGCCCUCGUUCAGGUACACAAACUUCGGCAUCAUCUACGGCACCCGCGAGUUCCAGAAGCAGUUCCAGCUCAACCCGGCCACGGACGACAUCAACCACAGCCACCCGACGGUCAUCGGCACUGCGCCAGGCAAGAUCCCGGAGAACGUCAGUCCGUACCCGGGGGAAGGCGUCUCCCAGGCCACAGUCCUGGCCAAGAAGAAGAAGAACGACUACAUAGAAUUAGAAAGAUAUCUCCAGUAUCUUCAACUCCAACUUGUACAGUACGAACCUUUUGGUGUCAUCUGGACUGUAUGAUGUCGCCAACAAGAAAAGAUGCCAAACAGAAGAGA